UAAUGAGCACUGAAGGAUAUGAUGUAGAUUGGAGCGUAUCCUGGUCUAUAUAAGCGUCUUGUUCGGAUGGUGGUAGCUCAGUCCUUUGUCAAAUUGUUGCCAACAUGUCGCCAAUCUCACGUUAUCCAAUAAUUUUUUUUCUGCUUGUGGUUGGACUCCACACAAUUGUUGGGUGGCAGUACAAAUUAGUGAAUGUGGUGUUUCGCCAUGGCGACAGGACUCCCUUAAUCGACGAUGACGAGCCCUUUCCUACCAGCCCAUAUUUGAAUUGGACGUUUUAUCCCUUCGGAUCGGCCCAGCUAACUAAUGAAGGAAAAAAACGUGAAUAUGACCUCGGUAUUCACAUUGGCGAUAGAUACCGUGAUUUUCUCGGUGACAUCUACGUACCAAAAUCGAUUAUCGCCCGGAGUUCAGAUUAUGACAGGACGAAGAUGUCCCUGCAGCUGGUGAUGGCGGGAAUGUUUCCACCUGUGCAGAUACAACGCUGGCACCCCGCUCUCCUUUGGCAGCCAGUGGUUGCCAAUUAUGUGCCAUUUCCUGACUCUCUUCUGAGGCCUAUGAGCUGUCCACGAUACAAGAAAGAGCUGAAAUCUGUGGAGGAAUCACCCGAAGUCCAGCUGGAACUCUCGAAGUACCGGGAUUUCAUGAAAGACCUCACGGAGUUGACCGGAAAACAAAUGGAAACCGCCAAAGAUGUGGAAGGACUGUACAACGGUUUGAUGGCACUGGACUCCAUGGGGCUUCCCCUGCCUGAGUGGACAGAGGGAAUUUUUCCCCGUGGACUCCUGCAUGAAGCCGCAACCCUCAACUAUCGCGUCGUCAGUUGGAACAAGAGGAUGAAAACCUUGAACGGAGGAAUGCUUCUGAAGAACUUCACAGACAACAUGUUGCUAGCGGCCACCUUGAAGAAUGAAUCCCCCGUGAAAAUGGUGCUGUUAAGUGGCCACGAGAUCAAUCUAACUGCUCUUCUGGACGCUCUAGGAGUUUAUAAACCCCAUGUGCCUGCGUACUCCAGCGCCAUGUUUGUUGAAUUGUUAGAGAAUAAUAACAAAUACUACGUCAGGAUAUUGUACUAUCUGGGGAUUCCCCAAAAGACAGUCCAAGUGACCAUCCCCAAGUGUGGGAAGCUAUGUCCUCUUAACAGGUUCAUCGAAUUGUACUCCGACAUCUUCCCCUCGGCAGAAGAUGUAAACUGUGUGCCAUAAUUUAUUAUAAAUAGAUACCUCAUCAGUAUUCCUUGUCAAAGAAUGUUUACUUUAAGUUGAUUGAGAUUAAUAAACGCAUUUACAUUGAACAAUAAUAA